GUGCGGGCGUGCGGGCGGCCGGCCGGCUGCAUGGCGCGCUGCGAGCGGCUGCGCGGCGCGGCCCUGCGCGACGUGCUGGGCCGGACGCAGGGGGUCCUGUUCGACUGCGACGGGGUGCUGUGGAACGGCGAGCGCGCCGUGCCGGGCGCCCCGGAGCUGCUGGAGCGGCUGGCGCGGGCCGGCAAGGCGGCGCUGUUCGUGAGCAACAACAGCCGGCGCGCGCGGCCCGAGCUGGCUCUCCGCUUCGCGCGCCUCGGCUUCGGGGGGCUGCGCGCCGAGCAGCUAUUCAGCUCCGCGCUGUGCGCCGCGCGCUUGCUGCGCCAGCGCCUGCUCGGGCCGCCGGAAGUGCCGGGCGCCGUGUUCGUGCUGGGCGGCGAGGGGCUGCGCGCCGAGCUGCGCGCCGCGGGGCUGCGCCUGGCGGGGGACCCCGGCGAGGACCCGGGCGCGGCCCCGCGCGUGCGCGCCGUGCUCGUGGGUUACGACGAGCACUUCUCCUUCGCCAAGCUGAGCGAGGCGUGCGCGCACCUGCGCGACCCCGACUGCCUGCUCGUGGCCACCGACCGCGACCCGUGGCACCCGCUCAGCGAUGGCAGCCGGACCCCCGGCACCGGGAGCCUGGCUGCUGCGGUGGAGACAGCCUCGGGUCGUCAGGCCCUGGUGGUGGGCAAGCCCAGCCCUUACAUGUUCCAGUGCAUCACCGAGCACUUCAGCGUGGACCCCGCGCGCACGCUCAUGGUGGGUGACCGGCUGGAGACCGACAUCCUCUUCGGCCACCGCUGUGGCAUGACCACCGUGCUCACCCUCACAGGCGUCUCCCGCCUGGAGGAGGCCCAGGCCUACCUGGCGUCUGGCCAGCACGACCUCGUGCCCCAUUACUACGUGGAGAGCAUCGCGGACUUGAUGGAGGGGUUGGAGGACUGAGCCCACCUGACCGGCAGCCGCAGCGCUCCACCCUGGUCCUGUGGAUGGAGGCCAGGGGCCAAGAAGCCGCCAGCCCCCUGGCCCCGUUUCCCACAGCCUGGUGGCAUUGGGGAGCCAGGGAAGGGUUCAGGGCCCUCCCCUCCCGGUGGUGGCUGGCCACUCUUUGCUGUUCCAGAAGGUGUCCCCCUGCCCAUACCAGUUGGCCCUGGCCUGACCCAGCCAAGGUGGCCUUAUAUCUCCUGCCUUGUGACUUCCCGUCUUUGAACUCUGGGCCUUGACACCCAGUGAAGAUUUUCCCCGAGCACUUAAUCCCCCGCCCCCUUUCCUUGGGGCCUCUAGAGCCCCACCUCCCAUUCCAGUGCUGGCCUUCAGUUCCUGCUGACCGAUCGGAGGUCUAGGUAACCUCCAGCUGUCAUAGUCCCGAGCCCCGGAUGGACCUGUCAGAAGGCUAAGUGAGAGGGACUCACUGAUGAGUCCUGAGGGGUUUAAUUGGGACCCUAAGUAACAGUGACUCUUUCGUGUCCUAGGUCCUGAGUAGACCAGUCGGAACACAAGGUAAUAAAGACUCACUGGUCCCUUAGAUCCUGAUGCGAACAGUCCAGAAGUCUGAGAGAGAGGGGCCUCUCGAUGAUCUGGAUCUGACUAGACUAGCGAGGGGUCCGGAUUCCUGUCCAUAAGUGUCCAAAUGCUGAAGUCACCCACCCCUCCUCCACAGAUGUUGUGAUCCAGGGGGCCGCUCAGUGGCUCUGGGGGCUUCCUAGCCCAGAGCCCCACCCUUCCCUGAUCACAGUACUGGUAUCAGUCCAGCGCUGAUGGUGGUCACAGCUCAGGGGGUGGGGGGCUUUUGUGUCCCUCCCCAUUCUGUGAGUGUUUGCUGUGCCACCUGUCCCUGUGCCCGCCCCCAGCUAUUUAUUUAUUCUUUAUUUAUUUAUGAUCGUGUGCCAGUGAUGGUGGGGGUGGGGGCUGGGCCUUCCCACCACUCCCACCUCUGUUGUAACCGGCCCUCCCGUACUUAAUAAAGUGCGCGUGGGAGAGUC